CACUAAAGUGACACGUGACACACACAUGCUCCGAGCCCUUUUAAAAGAGAGCGAUGGCGCCGAGGCUUUUACAGGCAGCCUGUCUCUCGGUAUUCGAGUAUGAAGUUGUUGCUGUUGCUCUCCUUGAUAGCUUACUCCCUCUACCUCGCCGAGGGAGUGACGCUCGUCUGCUACUUCAGUUCCUGGGCCACCUACAGACCAGAAGAAGGCAAAUUCACCGUCGAGGAUAACGACCCAAGUCUCUGCACACAUCUUGUCUAUGCCUUCGCUGGACUUGGCAGCAACAAUGAGAUUAGGGUGUUAGAUCCCUACAAUGACCUGUGCGAAGACUACGGAAAAUGUGGCUUCGAUCGUUUCACGAAGCUGAAGGAGAAAAAUCCUAACCUUAAGACCACUUUGGGAGUUGGAGGAUGGAACGAAGGAUCCACCAAAUAUUCCCAGAUGGCAGCAUCGGCAUCAGCAAGAAAGACUUUCAUUGACUCGACGCUCACUCUCUUGAAGGCCCAUAAUUUCGAUGGUCUGGAUAUGGAUUGGGAGUACCCUACACAAAGAGGUGGAAGUCCAGAUGAUUACGUCAAUUACAUCACUCUCAUGAGCGAGCUGUACCAGGCCCUUCACGCCGAAGGUAUGAUCUUGACGGCUGCCGUGUCUGCUGGCAAAGCCACCAUAGACCCAGCGUACAAUAUUCCUGAACUGUCCAAGAACAUUGAUUUACUUCAUCUGAUGACCUACGAUUUGCAUGGCAGCUGGGAGCCUUUCGCUCAUCACCAUUCCAUUCUCUAUGCCCAUCCUGAGGAUACUGGGGAUAAUCUCUACCUUAACCAGGACUUCGCAGUGAGCUACUGGCUCGAAAAAGGAGCUCCACCAGAGAAGUUGGUUAUGGGCGUCCCUCUUUAUGGCCGCAGCUUCAGACUGAAAAACGAAGAAGAUACCGGAAUCUACGCCCCUGCAACUCAGCCUGGAGGCGCUGGUCCUUACACCAGAGAGCCAGGAUUCAUGGGUUACAAUGAGAUUUGCGACUUCCAAAGAACACAGGACUGGACAGUAGUCCACGACCCAGCCAUGAAUGAACCCUACGCCUACUACAUUCCCAACAACUAUUUCUGGGUUGGCUAUGAAGAUCCGGACUCCGUCGCCAUCAAGGCCCAAUAUGCCCUUGACAAAGGCAUCGCCGGCUGUAUGGUCUGGAGUGUGGAGACAGACGAUUUCCACGGCAAGUGUCAUGGCGCCAAAUUCCCUCUCCUCACCACUCUGAUGGAGGUCUUGAGCGGAGGUAUUUACACGAGGCCUCCAACUGAACCCCCUCCACCGACUACCACGAGGGAUCCUUCAAUUACCACCCCAGCACCCGGCGAACACUGCACUAAACUAGGACCCAACGCUGAUGAGAAUGACUGCACUCACUAUUAUCUCUGUGAUCAGGACCUUCAAGGAUGGGUGGAGGUGGAGUACACCUGCCCACCUGGGACUCUCUUCAAUCCAGAGGCUCUCAUCUGUGACUGGAAGGAUUCCGUGUGCGCCCUCGGAGGCCACUGUCUCAACGACUGCCCCCAGUAACUUCCAUGAAGGAAUUAUCUUUUAGUCGUAAACAUCGUUUUGGAAGGAUCCUCAGAGAACUUCGCGUUCACUUAAGACAGACGCAGUGCGUCGUGGUUUUGUUUGUAAGAGAAAAUAACAUGCUCAAUAAAACUUGAAAAAAGAA